GAAUAUAAAUAUGUAUAUAUAUAUAAAUAUAUAUAAAUAUAUAUACAUAGGUGAAUGAACAACAUCGAAUCAGAUUUGAGGGAAACAAAGAAAGAUUAUAAAAUGAACAUAUGUAAUAGAUUUAAACGGGCCUCGUAUUGUUUAGUUACGUAGACAUAGAGUUUUGUUUCAAAUCCAGCCCCGCUCACUUGUUGAAGUAGAAAGUCAUGUCUAUUACCAUUAUUUUUGGAGCUAUUGUCCUACUUUUUAUAAUUAUAAGGCAUAUAGAAUGGUUUAUAAGAUCAUUUUAUAUAGGUGAUAUCGAAAACAAGUUUGUUUUGAUAACAGGAUGUGAUAAGGGCCUCGGAAAUAUGCUUGCCAAGCGUUUAGAUGGCAAAGGAAUGAAUGUCAUUGCCACCUGCCUUACUGACCAGGCAGCCAAGGAACUCAGCGAUUCGUGCUCGAAAAAGUUAAGAACUUUUGUUAUGAAUGUUGUUAACGAAGACGAAAUUGAUGAGCUAAAAGAGUUUGUAGAGAGAAGAGUAGGUAAAAAUGGUUUAUACGCUUUAGUGAAUAAUGCAGGAGUAGGUAGAAGAGGAAGUGGUUCUCUUGAAACCUAUUUACAGAAGAAUUUACAAGAAAUGUUGGCAAUAAAUUCCAUUGCACCAGCAGUAUUCUGUUUUAAAUUUCUCGAGUUGUUACAUAUAGGAAAAGGUAGAAUUAUUAACAUGUCGUCAGCUGGUUCAAGGUCACCGGAUAUAGAUUUACUUUAUGGGAUGUCUAAACGUUGCCUCGAAGCUCUCUCCGACAUCUUGGGAUUUCUUUUGAAACGCCACAACUGGAAUGUUUCCGUUCAUACUAUUCAACCAGGAAGAUAUGUAACUGACAUCUACGGUGGAGACAGCCUUCUCCAAGACCUCGAAGAGAGCUAUCAAAGAGCAUCAAAAUGGACCAAAGAAAAGUAUCCAACACAGAAAGAAUACUCCAAGGAAUUUUCAAAAGAAUACGAAGAGUUUCUUUAUUUCGCUUCGAAAAAGGUGUACGAAAUAACUGACGCCUACGAACACUCAAUUCUUUCAAUAUGGCCAAAAAAUCGUUAUACCGUUGGUUUAUUGGCGAAAUAUCUUAUCAUCCCUCUAAGCUACCUUCCAACUACAAUUUCAGAUUUUAUCUAUCUUCUUUAGCCAUUUUUCUUCAUUUUUGUCUUUGUCUUUAUUGUGUUUGGUCUGCAGAAAAUGUUGGAGUUAAGGUUUAAAGGGAUUAUAAAGCAAAAGAAAACAAGAAUACACAUGUUUUUGUAACAAUUUUACAUAUUAUAAUUUUUUGAUCGGCGAUGAUAAGAUAGAUUAUACACAGUUUAUGAAAAAACUUUCCCCUAUAAUCGAUAUGAUAAAUUACUUUUAUCAUAAUUCAAAAUCUCUUCCCUUUUUUCAAAUCAAUGUGGCGUAGCAUCUGCUGUUGUUUGUUUAAACCGAAACAAGCUGUUGUUAUUGUCAGAUAGAGAUAAUGAUAUGACAAGGUCACUAUUUUUCAAGAACAGAAAGAAUAAAUUGAGCUACUGCCCAACAGUGGCAAAAUGUUUAGUAUUGAAUAAAACUAUUAUCU